AUGACAUCCGGAACAAAAGAUCGUAAAGCAAAACCCCUCGGAAAAUCUAAAGGGGAAUCACGAAACUUGAAGAGGAAACGUGAAGAUGAAGAGCAUGGCUCCCUACAGCAGGCCGUCGAAAAGCUCGACGCAACAACGGUCAUUAAAGACUUCUCCGAUUUGCCACUUUGUCAGGCAACAAGAUCUGGACUCGAAUCGUCGCAUUUUAAAACACUCACAGACAUACAAUGCAAAGCAAUUCCACUCGCCCUCAAAGGGAAGGAUAUUUUAGGCGCCGCGCGCACCGGCAGUGGAAAAACAUUGGCAUUUCUAAUUCCUGUCCUGGAUAAUCUUUAUCGUCAGAAAUGGACAGAAUUAGAUGGCUUAGGUGCCCUUAUAAUAUCACCGACUCGUGAACUAGCUAUCCAGAUAUUUGAAGUGUUGCGCAAGAUUGGACGCAAUCACUCUUUUUCUGCUGGGCUUGUUAUUGGUGGCCGAAACCUACAAGAAGAAAGAGAAAGGUUGGGCAGGAUGAAUAUUCUAGUGUGCACGCCAGGACGAAUGUUGCAGCACAUGGAUCAAACGGCAGCUUUUGAAGUUGGAAAUUUACAAAUGCUCGUCUUAGAUGAAGCAGAUCGGAUCCUGGAUAUGGGCUUCAAACAUUCUAUAGACGCUAUUAUUGAACAUCUACCCAAACAAAGACAAACACUUCUAUUUAGUGCUACGCAGACAAAAAAGGUGUCUGAUCUUGCUCGACUGAGUCUGAAAGAUCCAGAGUAUGUGGCAGUGCACGAGGCGGCAUUAAGCGCGACCCCCGCUACCCUACAGCAAUACUAUGUGGAAACUAAACUACCAGAGAAACUAAACACUCUAUUCAGCUUCAUCAGAUCAAACUUAAAAGCCAAAAUUAUCGUAUUUUUAUCAUCUGGGAAACAAGUUCGAUUUGUCUAUGAGAGUUUUCGAAGAUUACAACCCGGUAUACCUUUGCUACAUCUCCACGGACGUCAAAAACAAACCGCAAGAUUAGAUAUUACUGCGAGAUUUUCUGCCUCCCAAAAUUCUUGUAUAUUUGCAACUGACGUUGUGGCAAGAGGCCUAGAUUUUCCAGCUGUAGACUGGGUCAUUCAACUCGACUGCCCAGAGGACUCGGAUACAUACAUUCACCGAGUAGGUAGGACAGCUCGCUAUGAACGUGCAGGAAAAGCGGUUAUGUUUCUGGAUCCGAGUGAAGUCGAAGGAAUGCUCAAGAGGCUAGAGAACAAAAAGGUACCAAUCUUAAGAACCAAACCUAGAGAUAAUAAACAACAGCGGAUCGAUAGUCAGUUCCAGAAUAUGUGUUUCCAGGACCCCGAGCUCAAAUAUUUAGCCCAAAAAGCCUUUACUAGUUACGCAAAGUCAUUGUAUCUUCAAAAGGAUAAAGAAGUAUUCAAGCUCGAUGAAUACGACUUGGAAGGAUUUGCCUCAAGCCUAGGCCUGCCUGGAGCUCCAAAAAUUAAGUUUCAGAAAGGCGAGGACGCAAGAAAAAUCAAAAAUGCUCCAAGAGCUACCUUUUCUAACGAUGAGGAAAUUGAAGCUCUGGGCGACACUAUAGUGUCAGGCAAAGAAAAGGUCCGAACUAAAUAUGAUAGAAUGUUCGAGCGCCGUAACCAAGAUGUUCUUUCUGGCCAUUACUCAAAAAUGAUUUCCCACAAUGAUGGAGAUGAUGCUAGUCUAGCGAUGCUCGGCGAUGCUGAUGAGGAUAAUGACUUUUUAUCAGUAAAGAGAGUAAUCCCCGUUGAUAUAGAUGGCUCAACGUUCCAUGAAGAUCAGGAAUCAACUGGCCCAGCUCCAAAGAUAGUUUCAGGUCUUGGGACAGAACCAAUUGUAGUAGAUUCUAAACGGAAAGAAAAGCUGCUAAAGUCUAAAAAGAAACUUACCAAGCUCAAAGAGAAGGGUACCAAACUUGUUUACGAUGAUGAUGGAAAUCCACAUCAAGUCUAUGAGCUUGAGGACGAAGAAGGGUUUCACCAAAGAGGUCCUGCUGAGGUUCAGCGCGCUAAGUUUGUGGAAAGUGAAGUAGCCAGAAUCCAAGAAGCUGAUGUUCAUGACAAAGAGCUCGCGAAGCAAAAGAAACGCGAAAAGCGAGAUAAGAAAAAGGCAAGAGAAGCAGCCGGAAUCAUAGAAGAUGAAAGUGAAGAGGAAGUGCCAGAUCUUAUGGAAGCUGAUGGUGACGAGGCUCUAAAGCUUCUAGCAUCCCUUCCCCUUUCCUCAAGCAAAGAGGAUGGAAGGCCUACGAAAAGACCAAGGAAAUGGUUUGAAGACGACUCAGAUGCUGAGCAAAAGGCUCAAGCUAGAAACCUUGAUAUUGAAAUACCAGAUGAAACAAAUACCUUAGAGGAUCUCGAAACUUAUGCGGCGGCAAUUUUGAACGAGUAA